AUGGCCAUUGCUGCACCGACUGCAUCAUCCACCAAGGAGACAGGCAUAGUCGAGAGACUACGUCAGACAAUUAUUAUCAAAUCUUUCCUCAACCUGAAUGAUGAUGCAAAAGUGGUGGAAUUUGACAAGUAUUUGGCAAAACGAAUCUUAAUGAUCAAGAAAGAAAGAAAGAAACUACCAAACAAACUACCUCCAGAUGAAGAUCUAUGUCGAUUGAUCGGGUACUUAGAAAACGAGCACAAGGUGAGUGUCAUAGACGCAAGGAGUGGCAGCUUAGAAAUUCAAGUGAAACCCCCCACCCUAGAGAGCCUUGAAAGUCUGAAGAAUGACUAUUGUUCUGGUCACCUCAAUGAAAUGGCUGAGAAUUUCAUUCUGACUGCUGAAGUGAGAGAGAAACUGGAUCUGAAAGAUGAAAGUUUGAAAACUACUAUUAAAAGAGGAGACUACCUGGAAUGCAGGAAGUUUUUCUUGCAGGCAGCAGACGCAGAAAGCGAUUUAUCAAGUCAAACUGACCAUUCGAAGUCACAAGCUGAAGGGAACGGUCUAAAAGAAGCCGAUCAGGGCGUUGAAGCUAACUUCGUAAUCACUACACGAGAUUCAGAAGGAAAACAGUUUUACAACGAACAAGAACACGUGACCGUCACAAUCAGAUCUGGAGCACGGAAAGAAGAAGUACAAACCACAGACCUUAAAGAUGGUAACUACACAGUACAUUACAAACCAAAGAGUGCUGGGCGAUUACACGUUAUGAUCGAGAUUAACGGAUGGCCGCUGACCGGUAGUCCCUGGAGAGUGAAGGUGAAGCCACAUCAGUAUAAAGUGGUAAAGUCGUGUGGGUCAUUCGGAAGUAGAGAAGGAGAAUUUGAUACACCGCGGAGUAUUGCAAAGAAUGAAAAAACAGGAGAAAUUGCCGUGGGAGAUAUGGUGGAUGACCGCCUUCAGAUUUUUGAUGAGAAUUUGAAAUACCUCAGGUCAAUGGGAGGUAAGAAGGCAUCACCAACUGGUGCAGCUGUGAAGAUUGAUUGUCCUGCCUCAGUAGCAUUCUUAAAGAAUGGUGAUAUGAUAGUCAUCCAUGGCGCUAUUUCUUCAAGACAAAUGUCUCUAAUCACUGAUGAUGGUCAGUUUAUCCAACACUUCAGUUAGCACGUGAUUAGUCCUCUGUCUGUUGUUGUUACAAAUGAUGCUGACGAUGGUCACGUGAUCGUGUGUGAUGGAGCUGACAAUAAAAUCAAGGUCCUUUCCCCAGACGGCGCACAAUUGCUACAAUCUAUCUUUGCCUCAGAUUACCAAGAAUACCAUUUGUGUACUUUUUAUCAUCAUGACAAGUACUUUGUGUCGUAUCCCUCUGCUAAGUGUGUCAAGGUGUUCAAUAAGAAAGGUGAAUUCCUCAUUGAUAUUGGUAGCGAGGGGUCUGGCAAAGGUCAGUUCCUCUCUCCCUCGGGCCUUGUUGUUGAUGCUUUUGAUAAUCUGAUUGUCUGUGACGGUGUGAAUGGAAAACUUAAGAUGUUUACCCAGGAUGGUGAAUUUCUCUGUUCCUUUGGACAUGAAAUCAAAUUACCCUGUGCUAUAACAGUUUGUAAGAACGGUGACUUGCUGGUCACUGAUAUCGGUAACAAUUGUGUUUUGAUUCUACGAUAAACUCCAUUUUCCUUUACUUCCUUUUUUUUACGUUUUCAUAUGUCCACUUGUAGGAUGAACAUUAUGAGAUGAACUAGUUGUUACUUUUAUUUCUUUUUUUGUUUGCAAUGUCACCGGAAAUCAUAACAGUAACACACUAGUCAGGUGAUACGCUCGCUAGGUCACAGCUGAGAUAAAUAUAUAGGCGAUUUUGCUCUCCAAGAGAUACUAAUACAUGUUUACCUAAACAUUGGAAAUGUUUUAUUUUCAAACGCCAUGAUUGCGUAGAGUUUUUGACAGUCUAUACCAAAUAUUAGAAUUUUACAUAGAACGAGAUAAUUAUAACCAUGCUGAGAUUAGAAGAUACCGUAUAGUGAGUCAAUAAGACCUCGAAUACAUGAAUACAGAAAUGCCGUGCCCGGCAGAAUAAACAUUUAGACACUGAAGACUACAUGACUUUAUGAAGGAUUUUUCUAGGAAGGUGUUAAUAAAACGAAAUUGGAGUAAACUUUUGGAUGUUUACGCGGCUGAAAAAAGCAUCUUUGUAACACAUGUACAAGAUAAAUUUUUCCUGAUUGAACUUCUUGUGCCAUUAUUUAAUUCUUAGCUUUAGAUGUUGACAGUGACAAAGGAAUGUAUUACCAAGUGCUCAGUUGAAACCAAGAUAUGCCGAGUUCGUUCAGUGAUUUAGCUUAUUGUAGUAUUUUGCUGGAAAUCUUAAACUGAAGCAAUUUUGGUUUAACGGGUAACUCUUCACGAAACCUCGCUGUCGAUGGGCUGAUUUUAACUGGCAGUAUCAGCCGGUCGAUAUAUAGAAUUUGCAUGAAAAUAUAUCCUCUUAAAUUCUAGAUCAAUGUAAUAAGGGAGAUAAGUCUUUCCCUUUUUGGAUGUCUAACGGUAAGUUUUUUUUUUCAAUAAAAAUACUUUAGCCUUCGCGUGGGUAGGCCUUAGUAACAUCUGUUUGUAAGUUAUACUCAUCGAUGAUUAAACUUUUUCUUUUAACACUUAA